AUGGGCAACGAACAGUCGUCUGGCCGAGGAGGAGCAGGGUCAGCAACCAACAACGAUGCGCCCCAGAAGACAGACUACUACGAACUCCUCGGAGUAGAGCGCCAAGCGACCGACGUCGAGAUCAAGAAGGCAUACCGAAAGAAAGCAUUGGAGCUUCACCCCGACCGCAACUAUGGCGAUAUUGAGAAUGCAACUGUAAAAUUUGCCGAAGUCCAAUCCGCCUACGAAGUCCUCUCCGACGCCCAAGAACGAUCAUGGUACGAUUCGCAUCGCGACAGCAUCUUGCGCGGUGCUGACCCCAGCGAUGCCGAUGCUACCCCGGAGUACUACAACAUCCGCAUGACCACAUCCGAAGAACUCUAUAACCUGAUCGGCCGCUUCAACAAAUCCGUACCCUUCACUGAUGCCCCAACCGGCUUCUUUGGCAUACUGGCCGAAACCUUCGACUCACUGGCACAGCAGGAGGUCGCGGCUUGCGAUUGGGAUGGUCAGAAUGUCGUUGAAUACCCUUCGUUUGGCUCAGCCAAUGACGACUUCGACACUGUCGCAAAGCCCUUCUACAAGGCCUGGACGAAUUUCGAGACGCAGAAGAGUUUUGGCUGGAAGAACAAAUGGCGGCUCUCAGACGCCCCCGACCGAAGGGUACGUCGGCUCAUGGAAAAGGAAAACAAAAAGCUGCGCGAGGACACAAGAGCCGAGUUCAGCGAAGCUGUGCGAUCACUCGUCGCCUUCGUGCGGAAACGAGAUCCGCGCUACGUCCCCAACACGCAGUCGGAAGUCGAACGAGCAAAGAUUCUGAGAGAUGCCGCCGCCGCCCAGGCCGCGAGGUCUAGAGCGGCCAAUCAGGACAAAACCAACCAGUUUGUGAUGCCCGAGUGGGCACAGUCUCGUGGUGAUGACAACGGGCUCGAGGGCGAGUUCUCUGAGAGCGAGGAUGAGUCUGAGGUUGAGGUUCUCGAGUGUGUCGUGUGCAACAAGACAUUCAAGACGGAAAAGCAGUAUGAAGUGCACGAGAAGAGCAAGAAACACGCCAAGGCGGUGCAACAGCUCAGGUGGCAGAUGAAAAAGGAGAAUGCGGGGCUUGAUCUCGAGGAGCCUUCCACGUCGAUCUCACCUGCUGCCGCCCCAAUAUCAAAAGAAUACGAAGUCGAGCCAGAGCUACUUGAGGACAGCUCAAGUCACGUUGGAGCAGAAUCCAGGGCCGAGACUGAAGCGACAGAGGCUACAAGCUCAAAAGCGACGAAUAUCAGUUCCGAAACCGAAACUGAUAACGACGAUUAUGUUGAUAGAGCCGUUGUGGAAGAACGCCUGACAUCGGCCAAAUCCAACCCCCUACUGAGAGACGAUCAGGAUGACUUGAACGAGCUCUCAGGCCGAAUCGGCGAUGUGUUAAUAAAAGACUCUACGGCAGGCAGAAAAUUAGGAAAGGCGAAAGCCAAGAGGGAGAAAAGGGCAGCAAAACAAACUGCACUGGACCAACAAGGCGUUUCUCAUAAAUGCGCUGUCUGCAAUGAGACGUUCAACUCCAAAACAAACCUAUUCAACCAUCUGAAAGCCGAACGCCAUGCAGCACCUCUUUCGGGCAAUAUUGCAGUCCAGUUUAUCAAGCCGGGCAAGUCGGGCAAAAAUAGAAAGUGA